GAGCCAGUCCCUCAGUCCCCAGGGAUCCUCAGUCCCCAGCACUGCUCAGGGCAGCUGAUAGAACCAUGGCGACCACUGCCGCUGCUGCAUUCGAGGCUCUCAUGGAUGGAGUGACAUGCUGGGAUGUCCCCAGAGACCCCGUCCCCAGUGAACUCCUUCUUAUUGGAGAGGCUGCCUUCCCCGUGAUGGUGAAUGACAAGGGCCAGGUGCUCAUUGCUGCCUCCUCCUACGGCCAAGGCCGCCUCGUGGUUGUGUCCCAUGAGGGCUACCUGUUGCAUGCUGGCUUGGCUCCAUUUCUCCUCAAUGCAGUGAGUUGGCUGUGCCCCUGCCCUGGGGCUCCCAUGGGAGUGCAUCCAUCCCUGGCACCUCUAGUAAACAUCCUGCAGGAUGCUGGGCUUGAGGCACAGGUUAAGCCGGAACCAGGAGAGCCCCUAGGGGUUUACUGCAUCAAUGCCUACAAUGACACCAUGACUGCAACACUGAUCCAGUUUGUGAAACAUGGAGGGGGCUUGUUAAUCGGGGGCCAGGCCUGGUACUGGGCCAGCCAGCAUGGCCCUGAGAAGGUGCUCUCCAGGUUCCCUGGGAACAAGGUGACAAGUGUGGCUGGAGUGUACUUCACCGACACCUAUGGGGACAGAGACCGGUUCAAGGUCUCUAAGAAGGUGCCCAAGAUCCCACUCCAUGUCAGGUGUGGGGAGGAUGUCAGGCAGGACCAGCAGCAGCUCCUGGAGGGGAUCUCAGAGCUGGACAUCAGGACAGGGGGAGUCCCCUCACAGCUGCUGGUGCAUGGAGCCCUGGCCUUCCCUCUGGGGCUGGAUGCCUCACUCAACUGCUUCCUGGCAGCUGCUCUCUAUGGCCGGGGCCGUGUGGUCCUGGCUGCCCAUGAGUGCCUGCUGUGUGCUCCCAAAAUGGGGUCCUUCUUGCUCAAUGCGGUGCGCUGGCUGGCCAGAGGCCAGACAGGCAAAGUGGGGGUGAACACAAAUCUAAAAGAUCUGUGUCCCCUCCUAUCAGAACAUGGCCUGCAAUGCAGCCUGGAGCCCCAUCUGAAUAGUAACUUGUGUGUCUACUGCUGCAAGGCGUACAGUGACAAGGAGGCAAAGCAGCUGCAGGAGUUUGUGGCCGAGGGUGGGGGGCUGCUGAUUGGGGGCCAGGCCUGGUGGUGGGCCUCCCAGAACCCUGGCCACUGCCCCUUGGCUGGCUUCCCUGGUAAUGUCAUCCUCAACUGCUUUGGCCUCAGCAUCCUGCCUCAGACUCUCAAAGCAGGCUGUUUCCCCGUUCCCACCCCUGAGAUGAGAAGCUACCACUUCCGCAAGGCGCUCUCUGAAUUCCAGGCUAUCCUGAACCACGAGAAUGGGAACUUGGAAAAGAGCUGUCUGGCAAAGUUGAGAGUUGAUGGUGCAGCCUUCCUGCAGAUUCCUGCGGAGGGGAUCCCUGCUUACGUAUCCCUGCACAGGCUCCUGAGGAAGAUGCUACGAGGGUCAGGCCUCCCAGCUGUGAGCCGGGAAAAUCCAGUUGCCAGUGACUCCUAUGAGGCUGCCAUGCUCUCCCUGGCCACUGGGCUGGCUCACUCUGGAACUGACUGCUCCCAGCUGGCCCAGGGGCUUGGUACCUGGACCUGCUCCUCUAGUUUGUACCCCUCAAAACACCCCAUCACUGUGGAGAUUGACGGAAUCAACCCAGGCAACAGUGAUUGCUGGGUAAGUACCGGGCUCUACCUCCUGGAAGGACAAAAUGCGGAAGUCUCACUGUCUGAAGUUGCUGCCUCUGCUGGCCUCCGGGUACAGAUUGGCUGCCACACCGAUGACCUAACCGAGGCCAGGAAGCUAUCUCGAGCCCCCGUGGUGACUCAUCAGUGCUGUAUGGACAGGACUGAACGGUCAGUCUCCUGCCUCUGGGGCGGCCUCCUCUACGUCAUCGUGCCCAAGGGCAGCCAACUAGGCCCUGUGUCUGUCACUAUCAGGGGGGCUGUGCCUGCCCCAUACUAUAAGCUGGGUAAGACAUCACUAGAAGAGUGGAAGAGGCAGAUGCAGGAGGACCCUGCUCCCUGGGGAGAGCUGGCCACGGACAACAUCAUCCUGACAGUGCCAACCACAAACCUCCAGGCCCUGAAGGACCCCGAGCCUGUGCUCCGCCUCUGGGAUGAGAUGAUGGAGGCUGUGGCCAGGCUGGCAGCUGAACCCUUCCCUCUCCGCCGUCCCGAGAGGAUUGUGGCUGAUGUGCAGAUCUCUGCUGGCUGGAUGCAUUCAGGAUACCCCAUCAUGUGCCACCUGGAGUCUGUGAAGGAGAUCAUCAACGAGAUGGACAUGAGGAGCAGGGGUGUGUGGGGCCCCAUCCAUGAGCUGGGCCACAACCAACAGCGGCAUGGAUGGGAGUUCCCCCCGCACACUACUGAGGCCACCUGCAACCUUUGGUCAGUCUACGUGCAUGAAACAGUCCUAGGGAUCCCCAGGGCUCAGGCCCACGAGGCUCUGAGCCCUCCAGAGCGAGAGAAGAGGAUCAAGGCCCACCUGGGAAAGGGAGCCCCUCUGUGUGACUGGAAUGUGUGGACAGCCCUGGAAACAUAUCUACAGCUCCAGGAGGCCUUCGGGUGGGAGCCAUUCACCCAGCUCUUUGCUGAGUACCAGACCCUCUCUCAUCUCCCCAAAGACAACACUGGCAGGAUGAACCUAUGGGUAAAGAAGUUCUCUGAGAAAGUGAAGAAGAACCUGGUUCCCUUCUUUGAGGCCUGGGGCUGGCCUGUCCAGAAGGAGGUGGCUGACAGCCUGGCCUCCCUACCAGAGUGGCAGGAAAACCCCAUGCAAGUAUACCUCCGUGCCAAGGAGUGAAGGAUGCCCUGCAAGGCGGGAGAGAAAAAGCAGGGUCACGCUGGCAACUCCACUAUGAGGCUUUGGCCAUGUGUGCUCAGUAUCUGGAGCCUGGAUCCCGCUUCCAAGCCUGACCACUAGAUGGUGGCCAAGGUCAUAAGAAAAAAUGGAACCCCUUUCUGAAAAAGGUGCCUUCUGCUUCUUUUUAUUGUU